AUGAAGACGACUGCCGUUCUCUUCCUGGCUUGUGCCCUCUCGGCCAACGCCUCUCACCACCGUCGCGAGAACGACGACUACCGGAACCGACCAGACUAUCCCAACUACGCCGACCUCCCCAAGUACGGCUACAACAAGUACGGAGGCAACGCCGAGCACCCAGAGACCAACCCCGUCAUCAAGAAGCCCGCGGCCCCUGCCACAAACACCAAGAGCACCACCUCGUCAUCGGCUUGUCUCCCUCGUACCAAGAUUGAGCCUCUCGUCGACAAGUACAUUGCCGCCCUUUCUGGUAUCACGGAUGGCGGUGCUGCUGUAAAGUCGGUCUUUGAUGUGAACUUUAAGCUCUACUCCCAGUCCAUCUGGUGGGUGACGUCUCCAGACGUAAUUGCCAAGCACGGAGCUGCCGACGACUUCCCUCCCGUCUUCAACAACCGCGCAGAGCUCAUCCGCGGCAACAUCAAGAAGCAGAACAACCCCAGCGCCAUCCUCAAGGGCCCCGUGGCCUACGGUUGCAACAGCUUCACCUUUUACUGGAAGCGCAACUUUGAGGUUCCCAAGGGAAAUAAGCGCGGCCGCGGCAACGGCAUCGACAUGGUCUUCCUCAACCCCAAGACGGGCAAGAUCAUCAAUGCCUACUCCGAGUAUAACACCCUCAACCAGGUCUACAACUGGGGAGCCCACAUCACCUGGGCCAAGGACAGGGUCUGCUGCGACUGCCCCGUAGUGUUCAACCCCAAGUGUAAAUGCAAGUAA